CUCUUCCCUCGACUUACAUCUUGCAACUCUGACCGCGACCGCUUCUGCGAACCCGAUUGCGACCAGACCUCACCAUGAAAGACCCAUUCUUCCUCCCGCCCGUACCUUGGCUCGCCGAGAAAGCACAGCCCUGGGCUGACUUGUUCGAUCUCCCCUCGCUACCGCUCCAUAUUCACGAAGUUCUGGCUGCCGCUCUUCUAUACUCGGUCGUCUUCUGGCCAAUUUCGCCAUGGAUAUCGAAUUUGCUGGCCCCGGAGCACUACUCCAAGCUCCCGCGAAAGCGACGACUGAACUGGGAUGCCCACGUUGUGUCCAUGGUGCAGAGCUGCCUCAUUAACGGCCUUGCUAUUUGGGUCAUGUUCACCGAUAAUGAGAUCAAGAACAUGACUUGGGAGGAGCGAAUUUGGGGUUAUACUGGUGCCGCUGGGUUCAUCCAGGCCCUUGCAGCCGGCUACUUCCUUUGGGACUUGAUUGUAACCAGCCUUAACCUCGAUGUUUUUGGCCUGGGAACGCUGGCGCAUGCUAUCGCUGCCCUACUGGUGUACUCUCUGGGCUUUCGCCCAUUCCUUAACUACUAUGCCUGCGUGUUCAUCCUCUGGGAACUGUCAACCCCCUUCCUCAACGUUCACUGGUUCAUGGACAAGGUGGGCAUGACGGGCACACGAGCUCAGCUCUACAACGGCCUCAUGCUCCUUUUCACCUUUUUCACAUGCCGACUUGUGUACGGAACGUAUAUGUCCGUCAGUGUCUUCAAAGACGUGUGGGCCGGCAUUAACACGCACCCCAACGUUGAGGCGCUCACAACACCAGUAAUGGCAUUCGCACACGAGGACUCAACGGUGCCUGUGUGGCUGGGUGCGGCAUACCUCGCCAGUAACAUCACGCUCAACAGUCUCAAUUUCUACUGGUUCUUCAUGAUGAUCCGGGCUGUUCGCAAGCGCUUCGAGCCCUCAUCAGACUCGCAGGACAAAACCCUCGAAACCCCAGUGACCGAGGCCGAGAUCGAUCUUUCUGCUGUGGGAACGGGAGCGGCCAAACUUUCUGGUGGACGACGUCGCAAGGCUUGAGUUUGUCCUUCGCGGUGAUUCCAAUCUUGAUAGAUCGCCUAGGCUUGUUGCAAUCGCGCGCAUUUCUGGUUACUUUCUUUGCUUGGUCGCUUAGAUUCCUGGAGGCAUGGUGCUUUGAUUGCUUGGCACGGUCAAUCGAGUUGCGGGGUUGCUUACUGAUCUACGUCCAUCGUCGGCACUUGGUGAGAUGCCAUGAGCUGUAUUAUCCUUUCUUCAAGGAUAUGUAUGUUCAGUUCUAGAGCCAGGUUCUGUUUUCUAUCCCUGUCUACUAUGAAUUGCGUCGUGAAAGUCAAGGGGUGGAGGGAGGUGCAUCUGGUCGUCCUCGACACGAUCAUGCGCCGAAUCUUUCGUGGGGCGCCAGUCGCCUUGCUAGCAGACUCGCGCCUUUACAUUCGCUCACAGCAUUGUUUAGACACAUAGAUUAGUAUAAUUAGAAGAGACCGAAUCAGGCUGCUCUGAGCCGGUCAUUGAUUU